AAAAAUGUGGCGUAAAGUAUAACAGACCAAUAGGGUGGCAGGGGCCGGUCUGGGAUGCCGGCUGCGCGUGCGUCACGUGACUCUACAGGAAGUUGCCCCUCCGUCCUGUGGUAGAAAUGGAUUUUCCUACAAGGAGGAAAGGCAAACCAAACAAAGGCGGUGGCAAAGGACGUGGUUCCGGUAGAGGGGGCAGAAGAGGAGGUGGCAGUGGCCGUGGAGGUGGCAGUGGCCGAGGAGGUGGCAGUGGCCGAGGAGGUGGCAGUGGCCGAGGAGGGAGUAGAGGCGGAAGAUUCGGGGCUGAACCUGGAGGAGGAGGUGGUGGAAUAGGAGGCAAGAAAAGCUCUAGUAAAGCAUGGGAUGAUGGAGAUGACAUAUGCUUCUCUAGAAAACCAGAGAGACUGCCAAGUUUUAGUCAUUGUAACCGACGUGCCCAGCGGUCCCGUGGUGGCAAUACCCACAGCACUCCUCUUCAGACUCUGCACAUGACCACUGAGAACCAAGAACGUGUCAAAGCUCUUUUGCGUGAUCUUCAAGAGCCAGAUCUAGACACGGUUGUUGAUGAUGUGGGGUCAGACUUGGAGGAAGAUUAUGAGUACAGCAGCUCCCAAGAUGGGGAAGAAGAGGAUGAAGAUGAACACUGUGAGGCUGAUUUGGGAUUUGAUCUUUGGUCUUCUCCACAAGAAGCACUGGGAGUAGCUGGGAAGCUUUCCCCAGAGGCACCUACCAAGAUGUUACCUGAGGCAGUCAUAUCACCUUUUGCUAUAGGGAAACUAUCUCGUUACGGUUUUGACCGUGAGAGAUGUUUGACCGCCUUGAGGACCCAUGAUGGAGAUGUUGGAUCAUCCCUCGAAUACUUGUUGCUGCAGUGUUUUUCAGAAGCAUUUGGCAUCCAGACUAAAAUGCCACGGACUGCUGAUCAAAUCAGCAUGGAAGACAUCUUGGCCUUGCGUCAGGAGGAAGCCUUUGUCCUCAGCUCGAUUUGUGGGGAGAAGUUUAUUGAGAGGAUCCCAAACAGUGUAUGGACUGUGGGACUUGAGCUUGGUUACCUAACAGACAGGCUUCAGAAACCCAGAAAUCCGGACCGUGCCAAAAAUUUUGUAAAACCAACACCUAAUAAUAUCUGCAAGUUUUUUUUGAAAGGAGAAAAUUGCCAUUUUGGGUCUAAAUGUAGAUUUAGGCAUGAAUCCCCAAAGCAGAAUAUGAAGGAUGACUCUCACCUAAGUGCUAAUGACACCGGCUACCUGUACGAACUGGAAAUCCGGUUCCCAAAAGACAAUAAAUACCCUUAUCAAGCACCACUCAUAGCAUUUCAUUCACUUAAUGAGAAUCUUCCAAUGGGUUGUCGCCUACACAUGGCAGAGUACUUGUAUGAAAAAGCAUUAACUGUUGCUCAAACCGGCGAACCUGUCGUCUUUUCCCUUGUCAGCUGCUUGGAGGAUGAAGAUGAUAUUUUACAGUUACUUGCCAAUACACAUCAUCGCUACAGUGUCCCACCACCUGUCAUACGGCCUAUAUCAGAAAUCAAGAAACCACCCAUAAUUGUUAAUAAACCAUUGAGCUCUGAAAAACCAACUCGUGCUCCCGAAGGUAAGAAGGAGGUGACUAUUGUGAGGGAAGAGUUUAAUAAACUUAUCCAGACAGAAGACGAUGAACUGGACAAUUUGGCUGUGGUGGUAGAAAAUGAAAGUUAUGCCAAUCUUAAGAAAACACAAGCCAAAAAAUACUUGAACCCCAAAGCUUUUCUUACAGAGAAUGCCAAGAUCUGUAAGCAUUUCAAGACCAAACAGGCUACCAAACGUUACCAGUCUAUGCUUCAAGAGAGGAUGAAGCUACCAGCAUGGGAGCAACAAGAUGCCAUACUGAAAAACCUGGCUAGGCAUCAGGUCCUGGUUGUUUGUGGAAUGACAGGAUGUGGUAAGACAACCCAGAUUCCACAAUUUAUACUGGAUGCAUCUUUGCAAGGAUCUGCCAGCCUUGUUUGCAAUAUUGUAUGUACACAGCCACGAAGGAUAUCUGCCAUUUCUGUGGCAGAAAGAGUGGCUCAGGAGAGAGCUGAGAGAGUUGGCAUCUCUGUGGGCUAUCAGAUUAGACUGGAGAGUGUUAAGUCUUCUUCCACCAGACUUCUGUAUUGCACUACAGGUGUCCUGUUGCGGAGGCUUGAAGGUGAUGGCACUUUGCAUGGCGUCACUCACGUCAUUGUGGAUGAAGUCCAUGAGAGAACAGAGGAGAGUGACUUUCUGCUCUUGGUGUUGAAAGAUGUCAUGAUUCAGAGACCAGACCUAAAAAUCCUGCUCAUGAGCGCCACAGUGAAUGCUGAGCUCUUUUCCCAAUACUUUUCUGGUUGUCCAGUUAUACACAUACCUGGUCGCACUUUUCCAGUGGACCAAUAUUUUCUUGAAGAUGCCAUUGCCAAAACAAGAUAUGUGCUAGAAGACGGAAGUCCCUACCAUCGCUCUUCCAAGCAUUCCUAUACACAAGAGUCUUUUAAAGGAAAGCAGGGAAAAAGUUAUGGAGAAGUUCUUGAAGAAUUGGAGCAAGAUAUCCACUCAAGUCUGAAGUUACAGGACACCAGGGCAGUGAAGGACAGCAUACCAGAUCAGCAGCUGAGCUUCAGGGAACUCUCAGUCCGUUACAGUGGUGUUAGUAAAUCUGUUAUUAAAACGCUGUCUGCUAUGGACUUGGAUAAAAUUAAUAUCGAUUUAAUAGAAGCUCUGUUGGAAUGGAUAGUCAGCGGAGACCACUCUUACCCACCAGGUGCUGUUUUGGUAUUUCUCCCUGGUCUUGCAGAAAUCAAAAUGCUAUAUGAACAUUUACAAUCAAACGCCUUGUUUAGUAAUAGACGUAGUAAGAGGUGUGUAAUUUACCCCCUACACUCAUCCUUAUCCAAUGACGAACAACAGGCUGUCUUUAUAAAACCACCGCAAGGGGUUACAAAGAUAAUAAUCUCCACCAACAUUGCUGAAACUUCUAUCACUAUUGAUGAUGUUGUGUACGUUAUUGACUCGGGCAAGAUGAGAGAGAAAAGGUAUGACCCAGGUAAGAGCAUGGAAAGCCUGGAAGACACUUGGGUAUCCCGGGCCAAUGCUAUACAAAGAAAAGGCAGAGCUGGUCGUGUAGCCUCUGGAGUUUGCUUUCAUCUCUUCACCAGUCACCAUUAUGAGUAUCAGCUAUUAGAGCAGCAGCCACCAGAGAUCCAUAGAAUCCCACUGGAACAGCUCUGUUUGAGAAUAAAAAUACUAGAGAUGUUUUCUGAGUGUCGUCUGGAAACAGUUCUGUCCAGAUUAGUAGAACCCCCUAGAAUGGAGUCCCUGCAUGCCUCUAAGUUGCGUCUUCUGGAUCUCGGUGCACUUACCCAGCAAGAAAAGCUAACACCACUUGGGUACCAUUUGGCCUCUCUGCCGGUGGAUGUGAGGAUUGGUAAACUCAUGCUCUUUGGUGCCAUAUUCCGUUGUCUGGACCCUGCUCUCACUAUUGCCGCCAGCCUGGCCUUUAAGUCUCCUUUUGUGUGUCCAUGGGAUAAAAAGGAAGAAGCAAACAAGAAAAAGCAAGAAUUUGCUGUAGCCAACAGUGAUCACUUGGCUCUUCUCCAGGCUUAUAAGGCAUGGAGUACCGUCAUGAGAGAGAACACACGGGCUGCAUACCAGUAUUGUCGAGACAACUUUUUGUCUUCUAGAGUGCUCCAGGAAAUAACUAGUCUUAAACGACAAUUUACAGAACUUCUGUCUGACAUUGGCUUUAUAAAAGAAGGUCUUAGAGCAAGAGAUAUUGAGAAGAGAUGGGCUCAGAAGGGAGACGGAGUAGCUGAAUCUACAGGGGAGGAGGCAAAUACCAAUGCAGAGAAUAUUAAACUUAUAUCAGCAAUGCUGUGUGCAGCUUUGUAUCCCAACGUGGUCCAAGUGAAAUUACCAGAAGGCAAAUACCAGGUGACAAGAGCAGGUGCCGUAAAAAUGCAGCCAAAAGCCGAGGAGCUGAAGUUUGUUACCAAGAAUGAUGGAUACGUUCACAUCCAUCCCUCCUCCAUCAAUUAUCAGGUGCGACACUUUGACAGCCCUUACUUAGUCUAUCAUGAAAAGAUCAAGACCAGCCGUGUUUUUGUGCGAGACUGCAGCAUGGUGUCUGUAUACCCUUUGGUACUGUUCGGUGGUGGACAAGUUAAUGUUGAGCUUCGCAAAGGCGAAUUUCUCAUCUCGCUAGAUGAUGGGUGGAUCCGUUUUGCAGCUGCCUCACAUCAGGUAGCAGAACUGGUGAAAGAGCUGCGCAGUGAACUUGAUCAGUUGCUGCAGGAUAAAAUCAAGAAUCCAACAAUGGACCUGUGCACCUGCCCCCGGGGCUCCCGUAUUAUUGCCAUGAUAGUAAAACUGGUGACAACGCAGUAACUUUGCCAUAGAGAAUAGAAAUCGAGGCUGUGUAGAUUCUUGCGCCCCCCCCCCACCUCUUAUGCUGGGUUUAUACUAGCAUAAUAUGGCCACAAGUCCCAGCCAACCAUGAGUCUGAUCACCCAACCUGGCAGGUGUCAGUAUAGAUACGUGGUCAAGCUAGGACUUAAUACGGACACAAAACGCUUCUGUUAUAUACUAGUGUAAACCCAACCUUGUUCAAAGAGAAUGUAAAAAGUGCUUAUUUUCUGUAGGGCAUGUAUGUAAUGUAUGGGUAUGACAAAACAUUUAAUGCUGGAUGGUAGUGAAAUUAUUCAGAUGUUUGUAAAGAAAUAAUACACUACUCAAAAAAAAUAAAGGGAACACUUAAAACACAAUUUAACUCCAAGUCAAUCACACGUCUGUGAAAUCACACUGUCCACUCAGGAAACAACACUGGUUGACUAUCAAUUUCACAUGCUGUUGUGCAAAUGGAACAGACAACAGGUGGAAAUGAUAGGCAAUUAGCAAGACACCCGAAUAAAGGAGUGGUUGCAUGGUGGUGACCACAGACCACUUCUCACUUCCUAUGCUUCCUGGCUGAUGUUUUGGUCACUUUUGAAUGCUGGCAGUGCUUUCACUCUAGUGGUAGCAUGAGACUGAGUCUACAACCCACACAAGUGGCUCAGGUAGUGCAGCUCAUCCAGGAUGGCACAUCAGUGCGAGCUGUGGCAAGAAGGUUUGCUGUGCCUGUCAGCAUUGUGUCCAUAGCAUGGAGGCGCUACCAGGAGACAGGCCAGUAAAUCAGGAGACGUGGAGUAGGCUGUAAGAGGGCAACAACCCAGCAGCAGGACCGCUACCUCCACCUUUGUGCAAGGAGAAGCAGGAGCACUGCCAGAGCCCUACAAAAUUACCUCCAGCAGUCCACAAAUGUGCAUGUGUCCACUCAAACGGUCAGAAACAGACUCCAUGAGGGUGGUAUGAGGGCCCGACAUCCACAGGUGGGGGGUGUGCUUACAGCCCAACACCGUGCAGGACAUUUGGCAUUUGCCAGAGAACACCAAGAUUGGCAAAUUCACCACUGGCACCCUGUGCUCUUCACAGGUAAAAGCAAGUUCAAACUGAGCAUAUGUGACAGUCUGGAGACAUUGUGGAGAACGUUCUACUGUCUGCUACAUCCUCCAGCAUGACUGGUUUGGCGGGGGGGGUGUUAGUAAUGGUGUGGGGUGGCAUUUCUUUGGGGGGCCGCACAGCCCUCCAUGUGCUUGCCAGAGGUAGCCUGACUGUCAUUAGGUACCAAGAUGAGAUCCUCAGACCCCUUGUGAGACCAUAUGCUGGUGUGGUUGGCCCUUGGUUCCUCCUAAUGCAACACAAUGCUAGACUUCAUGUGGCUGGAGUGUGUCAGCAGUUCCUGCAAGAGGAAGGCAUUGAUGCUAUGGACUGGCCUGCCUGUUCUCCAGACCUGAAUCCGAUGGAGCAUAUCUGGGACAUCAUGUCUCGCUCCAUCCACCAACGCCACAUUGCACCACAGACUGUCCAGGAUUUGGUGGAUGCUUUAGUCCAGAGGUCUGGGAGA